UGGACACAUCUCAUCAUGCCCUACGGAUUUGUGCACCUGCAGGUUCCUUAGACGGGUUCAAACCCUAUCUUUUCCUACAGCAGGUGGUUCAUUCUCCUCACCGUCACAUUUCCUUCUGCAACUCUGCUGGGGUGCUUAGAACACUUGCCAGUGAAGACUGAGACAAAAAAAUCAUUUCAUACCUUAGCGUUCUCCAUACCCCAGGUGCUCCAUUCCCUUGCAGAGGGCCCACGUUUCCUCAGUCUUCCUUUUAUUACCCACACGCCCAUAGCUGCACACCUCUAUCUAUAGUUUGAGUCGCCUCUUCCGAAGCAUUCAAGAUAUGUAACUUAACUAAAAAUGUCUAGUAAUAUAGCAAACACAUUCUAGUAAAAUAGCUAAUAAAUUCUGGUAACAUAGCUAAUAAAUUCUGUAAAUUCUAAAGCCCCAGUGUGUCUAACUCAGGCACAUGGUACCCGCUCCGCCAGGCGCCUUACUACCAGCUGAAGGGCAGAUUUCCAGCGCCUGACAGCACUUGAAAUCCUGGUAUUCCGGGCUGGGAAAAUAGCAGCGGAGGAGGAGUCAACACACGCCGGUUUUGUCGCAUCUUUAAUGUCGCGGAGAAGAAAAAGCAACGAGCGAGCACAAUUCCAAUCCCGCCGUUCCGGCCGCUCUCGACACUGCACGCCCCCUCCCAGCUCCUCCCAGCAGAGGGAUGGGCUCCUCCCGCUCAUCCCACGCCGGCUCCGGUUCCGGGGCGGCCCCAGCGCAGCGCCCCGCCCGCCGCGGCGCUCCCAGCGUGCCCCGCGCGCGAUGGCGGCGCCCGCGCUGUGCCGGCGCUGCGGGCGGGCGGCGGGGCUGUGGGGCCUGCGCCGGGCCCCGCUCCCGCCGCCCCGCCGCCGGGCCCACGAGCAGGCGCGGCGGGCGCGGGGCGCGGCGGGGCUGCUGGCGGCGCAGUGCGAGCGCGGGCUGUUCCAGGAGGUGUUCCCGGCGCAGAGCGCGGAGGAGCAGCUGCCGGCGCUGCUGGAGCCGGGCCGGCCGCCGCUGGCCGCCUACUGCGGGUUCGACCCCACGGCGGACUCGCUGCACGUGGGGCACCUGCUGCCCGUCAUGGCGCUCCUGCACUUCCAGCGCGCCGGCCACGACGUCAUCGCCGUGGUGGGCGGGGCCACGGCGCGGCUCGGGGACCCCAGCGGGCGGGAGCGCGCGCGGGAGCCGCUGCCCGCGGGGCGGGUGCGCGCUCAGGCGCGGGCGCUGCGCGCGGGGCUGGAGCGGCUGUUCGGGAACCACCGGGAGCUGUUCUGGGAGCCGGGAGCCGGGCGGCUCGGCCGCGCCGCGCUGCUGGACAAUGCCCGCUGGCUUGGCCGGGAGCCGCUGCUCCGCUUCCUCGGCGGCGCGGGCGGGCGCCUACGCAUGGGCACGCUGCUGAGCCGGCAGAGCUGCCAGGCGCGGCUCCGCAGCGCCGAGGGCAUGAGCCUGGCAGAAUUCCUGUACCCCGCCCUGCAGGCAUACGACUUUCUGCACCUCCACCAGCACCACGGCUGCCGCAUCCAGGUGGGGGGCCACGACCAGAUGGGAAACAUCAUGUCCGGAUACGAGCUCGUCACCAAGAUGCUAUGUGACUUGGCGCUGACAGUCUCUAAAGCACCAGGAGCAGAAGUCGGUGCUCAAGAGAUUUGGCCACACACAAAUCUCUGUGAUUUGAGAGGAGCAAUUAAGUGCCCUGACCAUAAACUCGUGACUCUUCUUUUCAGGAUGACAGGAACAGAUGUGUUUGGAAUUACUGUACCUCUCAUUACCAGUACUACUGGUGAUAAACUGGGAAAGACUGCUGGAAAUGCAGUUUGGCUGAACAGAGAUAAGACUUCUCCAUUUGAGCUGUAUCAGUUUUUUGUCAGACAGCAAGAUAACAUAGUUGAAAAAUACCUGAAACUAUUCACCUUCCUUCCUCUUGAGGAGAUUCACCACAUCAUGGAAAUGCAUGAUAAAGAACCUGAGAAAUGGGGCCCUCAGAAACGACUGGCUGCAGAAGUAACUAAGCUUGUGCAUGGUAAAGAGGGGCUGGAAUCUGCUAAGAGGUGCACUAAGGCCCUUUAUUACAGCAGCAUGGAGGCACUGGAAGAAAUGUCUGACCAAGAGUUACAGGAACUUUUCAGACAAGCUACUUCUGCUGAAUUGAUGCUUGAACCUGGGAUGACUGUUCUUGAUUUGUGCCGCAAAGCAAAUGCCAUUCCAGAUGGACCUAGUGGGUACCGGAAAAUUACAGAUGGCGGUGUUUCAAUAAAUGGGAAUCGUGUAACUGAUCCUGAGACUGUUCUUAUUCUCGGGCAGCAUAUUCUGAAGAAUGGAGUAUCAUUACUUAGGGUUGGAAAGAAAAAUUAUUACAUUAUAAAAUGGCUGCAGUUGUGACAACGGAGUAUGUCCCUAAAAUGACAGGUCUCUAACUCUGCUGUAUGAAGAUGUACUUGCAAAUAUUUCUGUACUGUGCAGCUCACAGACUUUUUCAAAAUGCACCAGAGUUAAAAUAAAGGAGCUGAGUUACACCACUGAAGAGAUUGUGGAUAUUCUGCCUUAUUCAAAGCACCAGUCAUAAGGAUCUGCAUAAGAAGAAAAUUAUAAGAUUAAUUUCAAGGUCCAGUGAUGGAGAUAUGCUUCCCCUCCUUUAACAGCCUUUGGUGUUGUAGAACAGGAGCCAGUUAUUCCACAGGAUAGCCCAGAGGAAAAUGAACCAAGGCAAACUCAAAUCCACUCCUUACAGCCAGUAUGUGCUCAUGUAACCAAGAAACCUUGCUGGGGGCAAAGACAACCACGGGCAUGUUUCUCUGAACAGGUUUGCGUUGAAAGAAGCUGCAGAAAAUUCAUAAUAAAGGAGUAAAUGAUUAAA